CAUGUGUCUUGUAUAAUUUGUGGCGCCCUUCAUCUGUCAAUAGGAAGUACAUUGUUUUGUGUAUUUAAAUUUUUAAUUAUAUUAUUCAACAUAAUUUUAACAGUAUUCAAUAUGAGAAAAUAGAAUAAAACAGAUCGAAAGUUUACUGGAUUAUAAACUAUGGUUUUCACUACCUCAAAAAUACCCAAACUUUUCUGGGAAAGUUUAACACAAUAAUGAAAUCACCUUAAAAUGUACUACAUGUAGGAAUAUUUUUGUAUAAUCGUAAUUUUAUAAUGACUGAAAAUCCUGAGACAAGUAACAUUCCGAAAUGGCUUCAUCCUACAGAUGUAAUGAAAUUACAUAAACUGAAACAAAAGAAAAAGGCAUUACAGGCUAGAAUCAAAGGAACUAAUCCAAAACAAGAGUUAACUACCAGUGGGUCUUCUCAGUCAUUUGAAAAUAUAUUUGCAGCUAAGAAACGUACUAACCCUUUUGUUACAAAUAGUCAAAACAAAAAAAUAAAAACUGAACAAAACUUUUGCCUAGAUGAAUCCACAGAUCAAACUUUGUUCAAACUUUUCAACCAAAAACCUUUAAGUUCUCCUAAUGGUUCCUUUACAUCAUUUAGUGACAUAUUAAAUAAAAUAAAUGCAGAUGGCAAAGAAUCUAUAGAAGUGGUUAAAGCCCAAGGAGAGAACUGGUUGCCAAUUGAUUGGGCAUUAAAAGAUAAAUUAAGAUUAAUCUCCUCCAAGCCAUUUCCAUGGAGUCAAAAGCUUAAAGUGAGUGAAGAAGCCAGUGGUAUUACCGCAUUUGCAAGAUGUUUAAACAAUGAUCCUGGAAAUAAUUUAGAUUCAUCACCAAAUGCAAAAUUUCAUCAGUGUUGCUUGUAUUGGAUGCAUCCACAUUUACCAUGGAUGUCCCUUUUUCCUCGAAUCUCUUCCAAAGUACAAAGUGUUGCACCUAUAAAUUCUCAUGUUAGAGAAAGCCUACAACAAGCUUGGUCAGAUAGCUUAAGAUCUUUGUUUCAAUUAAUAAGGACUAGACAAUGCCCAUAUUUUUAUGCUUGUGCCAACUCUUUUACAGUACUUUUUAGGGCAGCUGGUAUUAGUGGAUUUACAGAUUUACAUGUUCUCAUUACUCCAACAACCAAAGGAUUUAGGAACUUGCUCAAACAAGAGGAAAUUGAAUUUACUAUGCCACUAAAAAAGACAAGAUCACCUGAUCAGGAGUUUGAGAACAAAACAACAGCAAAUAGUACACAAAUGCAAGAUACAGAGGAUCAAAUGGAAAAUGAAGACAUACCUGAUGAAACUUGGAUGAAAAGCAUGGGGAUUGAUGAUAAAGAGAUCAAACGAAUUAAUUAUAGUCAGGACAAAAUGAUCAGCAAAAUAGAAUGUGAAGUUGAUAAUAGUGAUCAGAGUUUAGUCAUGAUAGAAGGAGGGGAAGUACAUGGGUUUUAUAAUUUUUUCUUAAACUGUAAAAGCUCAACUGCUUUAACAGGUCAUCUCGCUGGUGUACCACCAACACUUCUAGCUCCUGUGGCGUUCCAUGGUGCCUCGCUUAAUUCUCUAAAAGUUAAAGAAAGCAAAGUAUACAUAGACGAUUCAAAUUAUUACUCAUUAGAACUUUCCGGGCCUAUUCUACCAAGUAUGACCCCCAAUUUAUUUGCUGUAUCGAGACCUGAACACAGCUUGACAGCUACCUACAACAAUUUGCGAAGUACUGAAUGUUUUAGCCAAGUUAAAAACACGGAAAGGAGAUCAGUCAUUGAACGGACAGGAACUGUUGUAUUUGGUACAGAAAACUUGUCAGAUUGUGGUUUAUCGUCAGAUAUUUUAAAACAUUUUUGUGCUCCGGAUAAGGACUAUGUAACAAAUGUUGAAUGCUUGAAGUAUACUAGUGAAAAUAAUACGUUUACUUGGUCCUGAGAUUUAUAGGUAUUUCCAUAAUUUCAUUGAUUAUACCAUUCACAAGGUUUAUUUGUAUAUACAGUAAUAGUUAAAUUUUAGUAAGAUUUAAUUUUAAUUUAUUUGUAUUUAUGUUUUAAAAUUAUAAAAUUUU